AUGGUAACCCUCGAAGAUGUCGAAGGCAGCCUUCUGCAGAAGCCCUCUGGGGAUGCGCCCGAGGCCGCAGAGCGGCUACUCUCCAGCUACAAGCCACUCUCGACCUUCAAGCUCGAGAAGGACCGGAGCUACCAACAGCAAUAUGGCGAUAUGUACUUUCUGCGGCUUACUAAGAUCAAGCCUGCAGUUGAGCAGAUUGCCAGUGCUGAGUGGGAAGGCACCGUCAUUGGUGACGAACCUGCCAAGAAGGUCGAUCGAGUGCUCGACGUCCGCCAGGGCGAGCUCUGCUGGGUUGCCGGAACCGUGUAUAUGGAUAUGCCUCUGAAGCCUAAUAUUCUCGACGAUGUGUCUAAGGACCGCUGGAUAUCUGCCCCGACGACUGUGUUGAAAUACUUCUCCGAGGAUAACAGAGAUGCUGUCAUGCUCGAAGACGACUCUGGUCGGAUCAGGCUAGUAGGAGACGUUUUGAGAUCGGUCAUGCUGGUGACUGGAUGCAUCAUUGCAGUCAUGGGAACAGAGAAUGCCAAUGGCGAAUUCGAGGUCAUCGAUCUCAAGUUUGCAGAUUUGGCCCCCCAGCCUGACCGGUGGGCCCUCUCUAAACCACCUGCGACGAAUGGUGUCAAAUCAGGAAGCAAGGUCAAGAGCGAAGACGUAGAGAUGACAGAUACGCACUCUUCUGGCUCGGGCGGCAAGAUCGCCGUUGUCUCUGGAUUGAACUUCUCAGGCUCAGACACGUCGUAUGCAUUGGAGCUCAACUUGCUCCUAGAGUACCUGCUCGGCGAGGCGCUUGAUCCCGCAACACAAUCAGAGCUGUCGCACAUCAGCCGUUUGAUCAUCGCAGGAAACUCGAUAGCGGCGGACAACAAGCUCGGAGAUGUUGAAGAAGAAGAGAUUGAGAAAAGGUCACACAAGAAAUACGGCUACGACGCGAGUACCUACAAUCCUCUACCCUCACAACUUCUCGACGACUUUCUCUCAGAACUUCUACCCACAAUACCUGUGACACUUCUUCCUGGCGAUCACGACCCUGCCAACUCCAGCUUUCCCCAGCAGCCUAUACAUAUGGCCAUGUUUCCCAAAUCCAGAUCUUACGUGGCUGACCCUGGCUCAAAGGAGAGUGGAUGGUUCGACCUCGCAACAAAUCCGUGGGAGGCUGAAGUGGACGGGUGGAGGAUGCUUGGUACGGGCGGUCAAAACUUGGACGACAUAUUCAAAUAUGUUGAUAGCGAUGACCGCCUGGGAAUGAUGGAGGCUAUGUGCAGGUGGAGGUGCUCUGCUCCUACAGCCCCUGACACCUUGUGGAGUUACCCAUUCCAGGACGACGACCCGUUCGUGAUCAGAGACUGCCCGCACUUCUAUUUUGUAGGCUGCCAACCUGAGUUUGGCACCAAGACUAUCACAGGUCCUGACGGCCAAGCCGUACGCCUUGUAUCGGUGCCGUCAUUCUCGGCAUCGAAGGAAAUCGUGCUGAUUGACUCAGAAACACUGGAUGUUUCGCGGGUCAAGAUAUCUGUGUCAUGA